AUGUCCGCAUAUACUUUUGAGGGAAAAGUCUUCGUAAUCACUGGAGCUGGUAGAGGUCUCGGUAGAUACUACGCUCAAUACUUCGCUAAGCUUGGAGCUAAGGUUCUUGUCAAUGAAAUUGGAGCUGACCUUCAUGGUGAAGGCACAGAUCCUUCAAUCGCAGACCAAGUCGUCAAGGAUAUUAAGGAAAAUGGAGGAGAAGCUGUUGCUAACUAUGAUUCAGUCGAAUUCGGAGAUAAAAUCAUCAAAGCAGCAGUCGAUGCCUUCGGAACAGUUGAUGUGCUCAUUAACAACGCAGGUAUUCUCAGAGACGUAUCCUUUGCUAAGAUGAAGGAAGAAGAUUGGGAUAAGAUCUUCGCAUGCCAUACUAAAGGAACAUUCAUGUGCUCAAGAGCAGUAUGGCCAAUCUUCAGAGAAAAGAAAGCAGGAAAGAUCAUCAAUACUUCUAGCGGAGCUGGACUCUUCGGAGCCUUUGGACAAGUAAAUUACUCAUCUGCUAAGAUUGCUAUCCAUGGAUUCACUAUGGCUUUGGCUAAGGAAGGAGAAGGUAGAAAUAUUCAGGUUAAUACCAUUGCUCCAAUUGCUGGAACAAGAAUGACAGAAACUGUUCUUUCUAAAGAAUUGAUUGAUGCUCUUAGUCCAGCAUACAUUGCACCUCUUGUUGCAUACCUUGCUCACGAAAGCACUGAAGUAACUGGCGGGGCAUUCGAAGUUGGAGCUGGAUACAUCAGCAAGCUUAGAUGGCAAAGAACUGAAGGAAAGCAAUACGACUGGAAGAAAUUGACCCCAGAUGCUAUUGCUUCAGACUGGGACCAAAUCACUAAUUUUGAGGGAGAGAACGAUUAUCCAGAAUCUUUGAACGAUACAUUGUUCCAUAUGAUGAACAACGUUGAAAAGAAUACUACCUCUGGAGAAGAAUUGAAAUCCGAAGAAAUCUUCUCUAUGAUGACUGAAUACCUUUCCAGAGGAGAAGGUGCUGAUCUUUCAGAUAAGGUUGGAGCUAUCUUCCAAUUUGAUGUUAGAGCUAAAAAGGGAGGUCCAAUUGCUGGAAGUUGGGAAAUCGAUUUGAAGAACUCUCCUCCAGUUUGCAAGAAAGGAAAGGCUUCAAGCCCAGAUGCUACUUUUACUAUGAUCGAUUCAGAUUUCGAGAAAGUUUGCAUGGGUACCCUUAACCCACAGAUGGCCUUCAUGCAAGGAAAGAUGAAGAUCAAGGGAAAUUUGGGAAAAGCUACCAAGUUCACCCCAGAAUUGUUCCCACCACCAACCGAAGAGAACAUCGCCAAGUAUGCUAGGGCUAAGUUAUAA